AUGACGAAAAGUCAUUAUGGCCACCGAGCAUGUCACAUCACAAGCUCAGUUUCGCCGCGGUCAAUCCACGGUCAGACGGAACCUCUGAGCAGUGUUCCCCAGCAUUUCAAGUCAGAGCGCCAAGGGCCCCAUGUGCGAGGCGUGGUGGAUGUGGGGGGGGGGGAGCGUCUGGAGUCGACAACGAAGCAGGUGAAAGCCGCUGUCGUCGGCAGAGGUAAACGCAGCGUCGUUGGAAAGGAUUAUCCUGCUGGUGGUCUCGGGUCAAUGUUGUAA